CACCAAUGCAAGUGAGUUUCUCCAAUGACCCGCCCAAUCUGAAGCUGGAUCUUUUAGCCUAACUUUCCUUGAUGCUUGGGACUUAUGGACAGUAUAGCUUGUCAAAACAAAAAACCUUGUUCUCAGGAUGACAUGCCACUAAAAUCUCAGAAAAAAUUAUUGUCAGUUACUUCUGCCGAAACUGCAAGUGCUGUUGUUGGAGAGGGACAGAAAUCAACUGAUGCAAACUCUGCUGAGGAAUAUGAAAGGCUUGUUCUUUCUCCUCCCCCUGUCCCUCUGAACCUUGAAGCUGCUAGUGCUGCUAUUUACGAGGCAGCUUGCCGGUCAAGCUCCAGGUCUCAAUCAAUCAGCGGUAGCACACGUUCUUUAAAAGCUCACAAACAUGAAGGAUGCACUGACUCUCAUAGUGAUCACAGUGCAAGGUCUUCAGUUCAUGAACUCCAUAAACCAAGCACCAAAGAAAUUCUACCCAUCCACACAGAUACAAAACUAUCAAAGUCUCCAAGCAAAUGGCGUCGUUAUCUAUGCUGUUUUCCAGAGAAAUCUCAUCGUUCACCCCCUACUAAACAGAAUAAUACCACUCCUGUAAAACAUACACAGUCUGAAAAUUCGAAACCAGCUGGUGAUAUAAAUAUUUCUCACUCUAAUAAAGCAAAUGACUCUGUAAAUCCCCGUCCUGUUAAGGGAACAAAAUUUAAGAAAACAAAGCGUUCUAAAAAAUCAAAAGAUAUACCAGUCAGUGAUGUUGUUGGAUGUACGACUGAUAAGACUUCUCUUCAUCCGUCUGUCGAGGAUGUGCACUCACCUAUGGAAUCAAGUUAUCAACCUGUUCUGCCCAACACAGUACUGAACGCAUUAGGAUCAAAAUCUGAAAAUUAUGCUAAUACAACUUCUAUAUCUAAUGGUUGUAACUUUACUGAAUCUGAUGCCCACACAGAGUCUACAGUCCCACAUGCGACUGUAGUAGCAAAUGCUAACACAUCGAAAUUACACUAUUCUUUUCGACUCCCAACGUUUAAACGUCACACAAAUGAUUUAUAUGGUGUAAAAAGUGUUGGAAAUAAUGAACGUCAAAGUUUAAAUGUACAGGUGAAUAACCCUUGCAAUAUUGAAUCAACACAUCACGUAAUUCAUCAACAAUUACAACCUUUAAAUCCACCUUGGGUUGAAUGUGAUCAUCCCGAUGGUGAUCGUAUUAUUCCAGGUGGUUGCGCUCAUGAUCAGUAUCCAAUAAAUUAUGACAGAAAUGGUGGUCAGGGUGAUGCUUCCUCUGAGAACCUAGAGUCAUUGUCACCUGGUAUUGAUCUGUUGGGUGAAGUAGACUCAGACUGUAUGGACAAAAAGUGUUUAGUCUUAGAUCUAGACGAAACGCUGGUGCAUAGCUCCUUUAAGUAUGUGGAAAAUGCUGAUUUUAUUGUUCCUGUAGAAAUCAAUGGUACUGUUCAACAGUACGCUGAUCCUGUAUGCGAUUAUAUUGAUGCAGCCUCAUAUUUUCGUCAUCGGUUAUUUCGUGAAGCUUGUGUUGAUCAUCAAAGUAAUCUGAUCAAAGAUUUAAGCCGACUUGGCAGAGAUGUUGAACAGAUAUGCAUUGUUGAUAAUUCACCGAUAUCAUUUCUAUUUCAACCAAGUAAUGCAUUGCAAAUUGUUUCAUGGUUUGGUGAUACAGGAGAUCAAGCUUUAUCCGAUUUAAUACCGUAUUUGACAGGAUUAGCAAAUGCUCGAACUGUUAUAGAUUAUUUACGUGAGUUUCGACCACCACAAAAUGCAGCUAUUGCACAACCAGCCACUCCUACAUGGUUAUUACUGUUUAACAAUACUCUUCCAGGUGAUGUAAAUACUUCGGAAGAUAGUGAUGGUGGAGAUGUUGACGAUGAAGAUGUUAACGUGGAUUAUCAUGAUGAAGAUGCUGUCUUAUCGCCUCAUUAUGCUUUAACUUAAAGUUGUUUCACUCGGAUGCAAAUAUAUAGGCGUAUGUUGUAUAAUAUUCAUACAAUCAAUUAUCAAGUUAUGGAGUGCAUCAUUAACAAGAAAUGUUUGCGAUUAUUAUUUUUGCAUAGUCCUCAUAUAUAUAUAUGAUCUUCUAUUCCAAAUGCUCACACCAUCAAAUACACGCGUCCUCUUUUUUUUUGUAAAAAGAUAAAUGCGAUAUGCAUUCCGUCGUUUGAAUGUGCAUUAUAAACAGGCUAUUUCACUUUCCUGUUUAUUUUUCUACGGCUGUGCAAAUAGUUUAAACUUGUAAUAUGUGAAGUAUACACACAUAUAUCAUAUAUCUAUACAUAUAUACAUUGUAAAACUCUACUGGAGUGAGUGUUUUUUCUACAUGUUUAUCUUGAAAUUGUGUAAUUACUCUUUCAACUAUCAUUACUUUCCCCUUCUUUUUGUUUUAGAGUUCUAAGUGAAUAAAAAGAAAGAGGUUAAACACACACACCUGAUGCCUUUUUGUUGUAAUAGUAUAUUCCCCUCAUGAAAACACAUCAUCAUUGUGUUGUUUUAUCAUUGGUGUUUAUUAUCCAAUCCCUUGAAGAAGAAAAAAAAGAAACUUUUUUCAGAUUUUUGAUUUUAUCCAUCUUUAAUUCCUCCCCUCCCCUCCCCUUUCAAAUGAAUCAUCAUUUGAAGAGUAAUAAUGAUGUUGAAAUGAUUAGAAAGUUUUGUUCUCUAAAAUUUCUGCAUGCAGUUUACACAGUUUCCUCCCCCUCCUCCCUUUUUUCCCUUCUUCUUCUUGUAAUCAAUCAUUCAUCUCAUCAGUAUUCUAGCAUGUAUAUUUUUUUCUCUCUCACUGCUCUUCCAAGAAAUAGUUUAUACUAAUAAUUAGGAAUUUAGUGUGAAGAGUGCGAGUGAGUGGUUGGAACGUGGGCCGAGGGGGAGGGAAGAGGUCUUUCUACUUUUUUCAUUAAUUAUAGUUCAUUGUACAAUUACCCUUACUUUUCACUGAACCAAGUUGACUUUUUUUCCUUGUUCACGUUUUGUUUUUCUAAUAUUCAACAUAUAGAACCAUCCCUUUUUUGAAAGGGGACGGGGCCGGUGGAGAGGGUUAAUAUUCGUUGUCAUCUUAAAGGAGAACUCAGGUCUCAUUCAUUGUUUUGACACUUGUUUAUAUGUAUGAGAUAGAUAUCUUUGCAGUUUGUUCGUUUGUUUACUUGUUUAUUUCACCUAAUAUAUUGUUCUGUAUCUUUUUUGUCUUUCGUUGAAUUGGUUUUUAUAUAAUAAACGCUUUAAUUAUGUUUUAUUUUAUGUUUCAUCUCCGUUCUUCAUGUUAUUCUUAUGAUUUGUUGCGUAUUUACGCAGUUUUUCAGACAAAAGUAUGCUAUUAUUAUUAUUACUAAUAUUUGAUUUAUUGCUCAAUGUCUAUAUUAUUCACCCUGCAUACAGCAAUUCAUCUGCAUAUGUCUUCCUUAAUUUCAUUUCCUUGUUUACCUUACCCUAGUUGAUAUCGUUAUUAUUAUUAUUGUUGUUAUUGUUGCGGUUUUUAUUGAUUAUUGCUAGUCCCUCCCUCCACCUCCAAGCUCCCAUAUUUUACACUCAUACGCGAGUCUUCAUACAACAUUUUGUUUUGUUCUUCACCAAAGCGCCUUAAAAAUUUAUUACUAUUAAUAUUGCAUAUAUAUAUAUAUAUGUUUUGUUAAUUUAAAUAAACAAUUCCACAAUGAGUUUCCUAUCGCUAUUAUUAUUAUUACUACUAUUAUUAUUGUUAUUAUUGAGAUAUAGAAAUAAUAGGUUAUAAUUAUAGAUUAUGAUUAUGUAUACAUUCACAUACAUAUAUUUCAUUUUACCCCCUGUUUAUUUAUUCAAAGUGUUUCUUUAUUAUACAAUGAAUUGUUUACUCCUCCUGCUCGUCUUUAUCUUCUAUUCCCAUUAUAUUAAUAUAAUAUUGUAUUGUAUAUUGUACACAUAUAUACACACAAACAGUUCUUAUACUUAUGGUUUCCUGUUUAGAAGAGAGGAAAAAAACACAAACAGACAGAGAACAAACAAACACACACUCACGUUAAUUUUCGGCAUCAGUUCAUGGUCACCAUCACAUUUAUCGGCAUCAAGAGUCUUUCAAUUGGGAAGUUAAAAAUGUCUUUUUUAAAUUUUAUCUUAAAGAUAAAAGAAAAGAAGUUUUACUCAACUUUAGGUUUUAUUCUUUCACAGACUGAAUGAACCAUACAAUAAUAAUAAUAAUAAUAUAGUGUAUAGAGUGCACAUUGUGAAAGAUAUUAUGAUCACCAUUAUUGAUUCAGUCAUCCUAUCCUAUCUGGUUUGGUUCACUACUACUACUACACACACCCCACUUGAUAACCUCUUUUAAUAGUAGAUAUUAUCAUCUUGAUCACCAGUUGUUUUUGAUUUUGUUUUG